CGAAAUGGCUCUCGGGGCAUCUCUCUCUCUCUCUCUCUCUCUCUCUCUCUCUCUUAAAAGUAGAUAUAAAGUCUAUAGCCAAAACAAGAGACGCUUCCGUAACAGAAGGUCUCUAGGCAUAAAAAUGCAGCAGGGCGGAGGAUCUGACACGGAAGUCACAUGGGAGGACCAGCAGAAUAUCAACAAAUUCGGAAGGUUGAAUAAUCGCUUUCACGAGCUCGAGGAUGAUAUCAAAAUCGCCAAGGAAACUUGCGACAACUUGGAGGAUGCCAGCAAUGAGCUGAUUCUCACAGAUGAGGAGGUGGUACGAUUUCAGAUAGGAGAGGUGUUUGCCCAUGUGCCAAAGGAUGAAGUUGAGAGCAGGAUCGAGGAAAUGAAGGCGGUGACAACUGAGAAAUUGGAAAAUCUGAAAGAGGAGAAGGAAUCCGUGCUUGCAGAGAUGGCUGAACUGAAGAAAAUUUUGUACGGAAAGUUCAAGGACUCGAUCAAUCUUGAGGAGGAUUAAUGGCUUUUUCUUUCUUUUUUUCUCCUGUAGAUUUGUAGACUAUGUUAAUGUGAUUUCCAUGCUUCUUGUCGGACCUUACGCCCUGUUUGCUCCAUUGGAAUUGGUUUUGAUAGAGAUGGAAAUGGAUAUGAAGGUGGAGAUAAAUAUGAAAUUAGUUAUGGAA